AUGGCAGACGUAGCAAGUCUGCUACACCAAAAGGCAGCUAAAGUAAAUCCAAUCAACGAUGGCAAACCUACCACCAUCAAGGUAGCAAUCUUGAAGGCUGGAAGAAGCUCUGAUGAAGAUCUUACCACCGAGGAUUUUCUCUGGGUCAAGUGCAAUGCCAAAAUUGUUCUCAGUAAGAUCCUUCACCAAUAUCAGAUAAAGCAAGGCGCCGGUUCUUGGGACUUGAAAUUAGCGGGCAAACUUGUGAACGUGGAAGACACUAUAGGCACUCAUGACAUCCAUGAAGACGGUAUCGUCGUCUUUGAAGCUGUAAAGAAGCUUACAGCAUUAUUGCAACCGGAACGGACAGCAACGCAGAAUCCAUUAUCGCCUACAGACGGCAAUGCCCCACGUUUGUCCAUUCCACCAAAACCCUUUACACCUAGCGGUGUUGACGAGAACUCGACGUCUCAGUCACCGAGAACAUUGAGUAAUCUGUCACCGAGCGACCAACGAUCUGCACCUCAUCAGUCAAAUCAAUAUACAGCCCACGUUCAGUCUCCAGCCCAUAGCACAAGCCAAUUGUUUCCAAGCACUCCUGGCUGGGGCUUCGGCUCCCUGCACUCUCAAGUACCGUCAUCAACAAGCUUAUUGAACCACUCAAAUCCAUCAUCUGCCUCAAUCGGCAUUCUCAAACCUGAGCGUGUAGAACCAUAUGCCUCUUAUGCGUCUAGGUCGCCCUCUUUCGGGGCAUCACCUGGUGCAAAUGAUCAGUCAAAUACCUCAGUCUUUUCUCACGCGCCUCUACACAAGUUCUCGCGCCCUCCAACCCCGUCUCACGGUCAAGCACUAGUUAAAUCAGAACCUAUCAGGUCUCAGGUUGAUGAAUACAGCGAGCGACAGUCAAAGAACUUCCAGCUCCAAAAUCUAAUCAAAGAUGCGACGCCUCAAAUACUUGAGUCUGCUGUCGAAGCUAGCGUAGAGCUGCUCAAUGAGUUGAGAGGCCCGUUGCUUGCUAAGAUUGACGACAGUCCAGACGCUGAGCAAUGGUUGCAACAAAUUGAUGGCCUCAAGAAACAGGCUGUCAAGACUAGGACUGUUAUAGGUGUCGUUGGAAAUACCGGAGCAGGCAAAUCCUCUGUGAUCAAUGCAAUGCUGGAGGAGGAGCGACUUGUGCCUACUAAUUGUAUGAGAGCAUGUACAGCAUGCGUAACAGAAAUCAGUUUCAACCACGAGGAGGCGCAGCUUUACAAGGCAGACAUCGAGUUCAUUAGCGCCGGCGAUUGGGAAAAGGAGUUGAAAGUCUUGUUUCAAGAUCUACUGGAUGGCGACGGCAAAGUCUCACGGGAUUGUACAAAUGAAGAUUCUGACGCUGGCAUUGCGUAUGCUAAGAUCAAAGCCGUGUAUCCUCAGAAAACGAAAGAGGAUAUUGCAAAUAGUAGCGUUGCAUUGCUGAUAAGGGAAGUCGCCAAUACAUUGGGCAGCACUCGCAAUAUCAAGGAACAAGAUUCAUUGCUUUUUUACAAGAAGUUGCAGAGCUUUGUCGAUAGUAAGGAGAAAGCUGUAGGCAAGAAAGAUAAAGAUGGGAAAAAGCCAAAAAGGGAGCGUGAGUUGUGGCCUCUGAUACGCGUUGUUCGCCUUUAUGUACGAUCUCCAGCUUUGUCGACUGGAGCCGUGAUUGUGGAUUUACCAGGCGUUCACGAUUCGAACCAGGCCCGUGCAGCGGUGGCAGAAAGCUACAUGAAGCAAUGUACUGGUAUGUUAGAAGCUCUGAUCAAUGGCCUCUUGGCUGUACAUCUCCUAGUAGAAAACUUGGAAAAGCUAAUCAUGCAUUGUAUAGGGCUGUGGAUUGUUGCCCCAAUUAAUAGAGCAGUGGACGACAAAGCAGCAAAAUCUCUACUUGGGGAAUCGUUCAAGAGGCAGCUGAAGAUGGAUGGUGGCUUUAGCUCGGUCACCUUCAUUUGUAGCAAGACAGAUGACAUAUCCUUGACGGAAGCUCAAGACUCGCUAGGCCUCGACGAUGAGCUGGGACCUCUCUGGGAAGAACUUGAUCGCCUUAGUGCAAAGCGCAAGGGAUUGAAAAAGCAGAUAGAGGAAAUGAAAGAGACAAAGGCUGUCUAUGACGAGGUCGGCAAUGACACAGACGAGCAACUUGAGAAAUGGGAGACGCUCUUGGAAAACCUCAAUGAUGGCAAAGAAGUAUACGCCCCUGCGAAACAGUCUUCUAAUAAGAAGCGCAAGGCCAGCCGCAAAGAGAAGCCAACCAAGAAAAAACGUAGAACUUAUUCGAGCGGGUCUGAUGAUAGCGACUUCGACGGCGAAGAAUCAGAAGAUGCGAGCGAUGUCGACGAUGACAACAGUCCAUCAAGCCCGCAAGAUACGAGAGAGCCACUAACCGAGACGGAAAUUAAUAACAAAAUUCAGGAGCUCAAAACUACGAAAAAGGAUAGCAGGAGGCAGAAGAGGGAACUAGGGGACACAAUAGCGACUAUUCGCAAGGACAUUGCAUCAAUCGAAGAUGAAGAGGGGAGCAUCGAGAGUAAAUUGUCUGCUUUGUGCAUAUCAGGACGGAAUCAAUAUUCCAAAGGUGCAAUACAGCAGGACUUCGCAGCUGGUAUAAAAGAGCUUGACCAAGAGAUCGCAGCGGAGGAGGAUGAAGAGAACUUCAAUCCUGACAACGAGGUACGAGACUACGAGGAAGUAGCUAAGAGUCUUCCCGUAUUCUGUGUCUCCUCAAGGAGCUAUCAAAAGUUACAGGGUCGCUUCCGAAAGGAGCCUGCAGUACCAGGCUUCUCAAAAUUAGAUGAAACAGAAAUACCAGCACUUCAGGCUCACUGCGAAAAGCUCACAGAAACGGGCCGAGCAGCAAACUGCCGUUCAUUCAUCAACAAGUUGAGUCAGUUGCUGAACUCGCUGACACUUUGGGCAUCGAACGAUGGUACUGGCGCCAACUUGAGCGCUGACCAACAGGCCCGGGAGGCAAGAUAUCUUCAGAAGGGGUUGGAUGGGCUUGAGACUGCACUUGAAAAGACCGUCAAAUCUACCAGAUCAGAGCUUAGGGACGAGCUCACAGACAACAUCUUUGAUAAACACGAGACCGCGAUUUCGGCCGCCUCCGGGGACUCAAUCUCUACUACGCAACAAUGGGGGUCGCCUGUCAAUCGUGAGAACCGCUCAGCGGGUGGAUUAUACUGGGCGACCUAUAAAGCCAUAUCAAGACGUUCUGGCGUCUAUACGAACGCUCAAGGCUUGCAUGAUUGGAAUGCUCAACUGACUGCGCCGCUCAUCAGGGUAAUCGCUCCUGGGUGGGAGAAAGUCUUCACUCGACGUCUACAAACGGUCCUCAAUAAUUUUGCGCGAAGUGCUCCGGCUGCACUUAAAAAGUUUCACGGUGAAAUCCAGACAAGGGCUCAGACGAUGGGAACCGGUAUUGCCCAACUUUCUAUGCUGUCACACCAAGUCAGCGUCUACGAACAGAUUCUUAAAGACGUGGGCAAUCAGAUAAAAGACAUGAUUAUCGCACGACAGAAAGAUAUCAAUCGGGAGUAUGUCCCUGUAAUCCAAACUCUGAUGCAAUCCUGUUACGAUUGGUGUGUCGAAGAGCAUGGCACCGGUUGUUUUGCUCGGAUGAAAGCAUAUAUGAACUCUUACGUUGCAGAAACUCGUCAUACGAUGUUUCAACAGAGCGUUGAUGAGGUGAAGAGUCAGCUCGAGCUGUUGUUAGAAGACGCAGAAGGACUGCUCGAUGACAAGACUGAUGAAGUCUUCAUCCAGAUGAAACGUGACUACCGUUCGGUCCUUGGUGGCGGAGAUGUACAACAAGGCAAGGAACUUCCCAAAGCCCAGAGACAGGUACGACGAGAGGUAAAGCAAAUUCUACAGAACGUUGAAAAUCGGAUGAAGCGAGCCAUUGGUCUUGAGGUCGAGGAAGCCGAGGAUAGCGUCAAGGAUGAGGGAGAAGAAGCCCAGGAUGGGCAGGAUUUGACUGAAAGCGCUCACACUGAGCGUGGUCAUGGUCCUGUCAAAGAGGAGCCUUCCACCUCUCGUCAGGACAGCCAAGUAUCAGAUCCUGAAGAGCAAGCGUCCGGCAAAUCCAUUUCAGAUGUCAAGAGUGAAGCAUCGAACGACUCGCGACGCGAAUUCAACAGUGACGAGGAAGGAAGUGCUAUCGAAGAUGGAUCAGAUUCAACGUCGGGUUGA